AUAGUAAUGAUAAACCAACUAAUGGCAGGUUGGAAGAUGAUAAAGAGACCCAGCUUCUGAAAAUGUGUGAACACCGAAGGAUUUGCAGACAGCAAGUGAGAGUGUCUUUGGGAAAAGUUGAUCACCAUGAAGGUAUGUCCAGUGAUGAUGAGCUUCCUCCAACAGAGAUGACUGAGUUCCAGAAGAGCAAAGAUGAUAUUUCAGAGGAUAGUAGGAAAAUCUUUGAAGAUGUUCGUGCUGAUUUUUCUGACAUUGGGCAAAUCCUGUUGAAAUUCCAGGAAUGGAAAGAGAAGUUUCCUGACUCCUACUGUGAUGCUUACAUCAGCUUAUGCCUGCCAAAGCUUUUAAAUCCACUAAUCAGAGCCCAGUUAAUAAGCUGGAAUCCUCUUGAGAAUUUCACAGAGUUGGAAGAAAUGCCCUGGUUCAGAGCUAUAGAAGAAUUCAGUGAUGCCGAAAACGUGCCUGGAUCAAAAGGAGAUGAUCCUGAUCAGACAGUCUUGCCUAGAGUGAUUGAAAAAACGAUUCUUCCAAAAAUUACAGGGUUUAUAAAGAAUGUGUGGGAUCCUUUAUCUACUGCACAGACAAAGAACCUUGUACAGCUUUGCAACAGCAUCUUUGAAAAGCAAGUUUCAUCCAAAAGUGAGCGUGGUCAAGCAAAAGAGGAUUUGAUAAAUGCAGUUGUCCUAAGAAUGAAGAGGUCUGUAGAGGAAGAUGUCUUUAUUCCUCUGUAUCCUAAAAGUGCAGUGGAAGACAAAUUGUCUCCAUGUUCAAAAUUCCAAGAAAGACGCUUUUGGUCAGCUGUUAAGCUGCUCUCCAAUAUUUUCCUUUGGGAUGGAAUUGUACCAGAAGACACAGUUUGUGAUUUAGGACUGAGCAAGUUGCUGAAUCGUUACCUUCUUCUGAACCUCUUAAACACACCACCGGGGCCAGAUAACACAGAAAAAUGUAAUAAGGUGGUGUCUUGCCUCCCAGAAAGAUGGUUCCGAGAUCUUAAAAGUGGAUCAACUCUCCCCCAGCUAACGAACUUCAGCCAGCAUUUGUUGCAAUGUGCUCGCACACUGCACAAGAAUAACCACAGGGAUGAAACAAAAGAUGUUGUUGUUCUGCUGGUGAAAGUCAAUGCUCUGCAUAUUGUGGAAGACUUUAUUGAAGAGUACAAACUUGAGCACCUUAAAUCCAUGAUUGGAAAAUAA